CGCCGCCUCAACAUCCGGUGCAACAUCGUUUCUCUUCCGACAUCUCUUUCUCUCCCCUAACACGGAGCUAACAUGGCAGCCGAAGGCGACGUUGAUUUGGACCUGGAGGCCGAGGAGAACUGCACCGGGAAGCCGGUGGAGAAGCCCCGCAAACAUGACAGCGGCGCCGCGGACCUGGAGCGGGUCACGGACUACGCUGAGGAGAAGGAGAUCUCCAGCUCGGACCUGGAGACGGCCAUGUCGGUGAUUGGAGACAGAAGAUCGCGAGAACAGAAAGCCAAACAGGAGAGAGAAAGAGAAUUGGCCAAAGUCACGAUCAAGAGAGAAGAUGUAGAACUUAUUAUGUCGGAGAUGGAGAUUUCCAGGGGCGUGGCGGAGCGCAGUCUCAGGGAACACAUGGGGAACGUUGUGGAGGCUCUGGUGGCCCUGACAAACUGAGGAUUGGACUGUUAUACCUUCAUCACAUAGCUUACACACCCGACCCAUGUUGACCUCGUAAACUGGCCCGACAACUGUCGACAUUCUCCUCACCAAGCUUUUUUUAUUUUUAAUAAAAUGUCCCAUUUG